AGUUUAUCGAAUUAAUUAGAAUACAACGAACCCACUCGUCCCGUCUUCGAUCACCUGCCUCCCACGAUUUUCAACCUUCUCUCGAUAUCGCAAGCGGGGAACACAGACUUCGGAGUCUAUCAGUCCAAUCCCAGUUGUACCCCGACAACCGUCUACACUACCGGCCAGUUUAUGAACCCAGGCCCUGCCCCGCGACCGCCAAUGGACCGGCCUCGUCUCAAUCUUACACCCAGCACUAAUUAUCCCGGCAGCAUGAAUUCUAGUAUGACGAACGUGGUCUCGUCGCCUAUUACGCGCACUGCCACCUCUACAUACACAGGGUCUACCAUAUCUUUACCUCUCGCCCGCGAGCGAUCCAACCAGACGGAUGGCAUGGGAGGCGUUGCGGUUAUAAAAGAGGGUUGGGCCAACGUGAAGGAGAGCAGGAAUUUCAUCCAACCAUGGAAACAAAAAUAUCUUAUUCUGCGCAAGGAAGCGCUUGAUUUCCACAAAACUGAAGGUGGAAAAGUUUCUUAUACUCUAUUCCUAAAAGACGUCCUAAAUGUCGGACGAGUCGAGGCUGCGGGCACUAUCUUCGAGAUCAAGAGGCAUGCGCAGGGGUCAUCCAACAGUCCCGGAGAUGAUGAUGGUUCGAUUAGGACUUUACAUAUCAAGGUCAAGAGUGAUGAUGAUCUCUAUGACUGGAUUGACCUUCUCUAUGGUCGCUGCCCUACUAUGGGUGGGGUAAGCAAUCCGACCAACUUUUCUCAUGCAGUACACGUUGGCUUUGAUCCACAAACCGGUCAAUUCGUAGGCUUGCCGCCUGAAUGGUCGAAGUUGUUGAACUCUUCCGCCAUCACCAAGGAAGAUUACGAGCGUAACCCCCAGGCCGUGUUCGAGGUUUUGGAUUUCUACUCAGAUCUCACUAAGAGGGCUGAGAACCCUCAGCAAUAUCCAAGUCUCACCCCAACUCCCCCUCCCGCUGGCCAACAGAAUAAGCAGCUUGGAUAUGGCGGUGGCGGUGGCGCUUCUGUUGCGCCUCCUCGUCCCAUGCCACCUUCGCAACGCAGCUACAGUAACAUGUCACAACAGCAAGGUACUCCUCCGCCUCGACCGAACCCCCCGGAGAUGUCACAAAGACCGCCGGUGCAGAGUGUUGGCGGCAGCUAUGGUCCAUCCCCUAAUGCGGAGCGCGAAGAACAACUGAAAAAGCAACGAGAGAUGCAGCAGAGACAGCGUGAAAUUGAGGAGCAGAAUCGGCGUGAUCUGGAAGCCUAUAAUGCUUCGAUUCCCCAAAAGAAAGUGCCUAUGGCCCAGCAAGAGAUCGGUGGUGGUGGUGGAUAUGGAAGUCCUGGCUCGCAAGAUCGCUACAAUCCUACUCGAGCAGCACCACCCGCUCCUAAAUCAAGCAACCAACAAGUCAACGGCCUCCGCGCUCAACGACCUGCUCCGCCGGCGCCUAACUCUGGAUCUGCGUCUGCUAACAGGCCUCCACUUUCUUCUCAGACCAGCGCAGGCUCCGUUUCAACUUCGCGCGAUCCUCAGUCUAACCAAGCGCAACGAAUGCCACCGCGGAACGACCAACAAGCGCCUCGGUACCCGAACAAUGCCAAUAGCCCGCAGCAACCUCGAACGAAUGGCCAAUCUCAGAACCCGGCGAUGGCACGUAUGCCCGCUCCUGUUAAGCCUCUAAAUGUGCCGGCAAAGCCCACUCCACCCCAGCAGAAUGACGGUGUGAAGGCCGCAGAGGCUGCUCUUACGGCCAAGCCAUCGGCAUCCGAAAGGAAGCAAGAUGUUCGCAUGUCUACGAUGUCCGAGAAGGAGGUCAUGCAAAAACUGAUUGAAGUCGUCUCGAAGGAUGAUCCCAAUCUAUCAUACUCGAAGCAAAAGAAGAUUGGACAGGGUGCUUCCGGUUCAGUUUACGUGGCCAAGGUUAAAGAGGGUGCUGUCUCUUCAGUUGCUCGGGAGGUUCUCCGGUCUCAAGGAUCCAGGGCUCAAGUUGCUAUUAAGCAGAUGGAUCUAGCGCACCAACCGCGCAAGGAGCUUAUCGUCAACGAAAUCAUGGUCAUGAAGGACAGCAAGCACAGAAACAUUGUCAACUUCCUCGACGCUUUCUUACGUAACAACAACGCUGAAUUAUGGGUUGUCAUGGAAUAUAUGGAGGGCGGUGCUUUGACAGAUGUCAUUGACAACAACCCGGUCAUUACCGAAGAACAGAUCUCGACGAUCUGCCUUGAGACUUGCCGUGGAUUGCAACACUUACAUUCCCAGAACAUUAUCCAUCGUGAUAUCAAGAGCGACAACGUUCUUCUAGACGCUCGCGGAAAUGUGAAGAUUACCGAUUUCGGUUUCUGCGCGAAACUUACCGAGACCAAAUCCAAACGAGCAACCAUGGUCGGAACUCCUUAUUGGAUGGCUCCUGAAGUCGUCAAACAGAAGGAGUACGGCCCGAAGGUUGAUAUCUGGUCGCUCGGAAUUAUGGCCAUCGAGAUGAUCGAGUCCGAACCACCAUAUCUUAACGAAGAGCCUCUGAAGGCCCUUUACCUUAUCGCAACCAACGGCACGCCGCGCCUGAAGAAACCAGAGAAGCUGAGCAAGGAGCUCAAAGCCUUCUUAUCGGUCUGCUUGUGUGUCGACGUCAAGAGUCGUGCUUCGGCGGAUGAGCUGUUGCAGCACGACUUCUUGAAGCACGGUUGCCCACUCGGAAGCCUCUCCGAACUACUUGCUUUCCGGAGGAACGCCAAAUAAACGCUUAUUUAAUAACGAUACCCUAUUCCUUAAUUGCAUCCCUUCGCCCUGAGGAUGAUCCGAGAGACGAAAAAUGAUGAGUUGAGCGGCUGCUCGUCGAAUCCCAUAUACCCCCCGGAGGCAGCGGUCUUUGGGAGGUCCCAAAUCAUCUGGGGUCAUAAAAUUUGCAUGAAAGAGUUGGUCGCUAUUUGAAACACAUAGAUGGGGCUUUCACUUAAUAUGCUAUGGAUAUGCGGCGCAUUCAUUCAAUAAAGGCUGCGCGUAUUAUCGGACGUCGUAACGCGGAUGUGUUACGAGGUCACACCAAUAAAGAUA